AGAUCUAACCCGAACCGGCCCACCCCUUGAACCCCAUUCACCCGAUCCAACAACGACAAAACCCAUCUUCUCCAACCAACAACUCCGGCAAAAUCGUCAACAACAAUUUCAACAAACGACGACAAUACCAACUCAUUUGAGCUCGCAUUUUCUAGGCUAAGGAAUCGAGUGGGUUCUUUUUUCCGAAGAAAAUUCGACGAAGCUCGUCGUCCCUGUUCGUUGCCCAGAAAAAGAAACUUCGAACACACUCAACGAUUUGAUGAUCACACAAGAGUUUUUGGACGCCAAAGAAGAUUAUUUUUCAACUCAAAAUUAUUGUCUUUAUCUGAGGAAAAAUUCAGGUAUUUCUAGCCAUCAAGGUGUUGCUUCAUGAAGACAAACAAUGGUUCAGAAAGGUGCACCCCUUCAUAAAGGUGCAACUCUUCGGAAAAUCACAACCCAUUGGAAAGUUCAUAACCAUUCAAUGACCAUUCAAUCCGAAAAGGUUGAUCUUGGAGCACGAUCAUGCAUUAGUUCGAGGGUUGAUAUGGAAGGUGUGAAUGGUAAAAGUGUGGGACAUCUAUUUGAAAAUAUUAGCAGCUUUGUUCGUCAAUGUAUAUUUUCUGUACUUAAUGUGGGUCCUGUUCCUAGUCACAUUGCUUUCAUUAUGGACGGGAACCGUAGAUAUUCGAAGAAGCAAAACUUGCUUGACGGGGAUGGACAUAGGGCUGGAUUUUCAGCACUUAUCAACAUGCUAAAAUAUUGCUACGAACUUGGUGUAAAAUACACAACGGUAUAUGCCUUCAGCAUUGAUAACUUCAAGCGAAGGCCCGGAGAAGUUGCAUCACUAAUGAAACUGAUGCAGGAAAAGAUUGAUGAAUUAACUCAAGAGGAGAGCAUUGUAAACCGCCUUGGGAUUAGGAUUUACUUUCAAGGUAACCUAAAGCUUCUGAGUGACUGUGUUAGGUCAGCAGCUGAGAGGGCUAUGGUAAAGACAUCAGGUAAUUCCAGAGCGGUAUUGUCUAUUUGUGUUGCCUACACAUCAACAGAUGAGAUUGUGCAUGCUGUUCAAGAAUCUUGUGAAGAAAUAUGGGACGAUAUUAGAAAACGAGAAGUAAAUAAUGCUGAAGGCAAUUUUGUUGGACUCAAAGAGAAUGGGAAGGACGAGAAUGAGCACCGUGUUGGUUUGACAGAUGUUGACAGACAUUUGUACAUGUCAGUUUGUCCUGAUCCCGACAUUAUUAUACGGACUUCUGGAGCAACUCGGUUAAGCAAUUUUCUUUUGUGGCAAAGUGCACAUUGUCUUCUUUAUUCUCCUACUGCACUAUGGCCUGAGAUUGGUUUGAGGCAUUUGAUUCGGGUAAUUUUAGACUUCCAGAGAAACUUCUUGUAUCUGAAGGCGAAAAAGAAACAGUCAUGAAGCAUACAUAAAAGUUCUUUAGCAACUAUUAAUCCUGCUGUGAUUUUGUCUUGCAGCUCCUUUUGUUUAAUGCAGUUCUCGUCUACUGAAUCGAAUAUGUAAGCAUGGAUUAGGACAGCUUUUUAGUGUCUUUUUCCUGUAGAUAUAGUCAGCAGAUUGUAGAAAUGCUGAAAGAGCUAUCAGUGGAUAUAGUUUGAACACUGAGAGGCCUUGGAAAUUGUUGUAUCAGUGAGAAGUUAGUCAUCAAGUAUCAAAUGGUUUUACCCUCUUGGAGGUUUGUAUUCUUAAGGACCACUUGUGAUUUUGAAGCAACCUUAUAACCA